CCAGCAUCUCUAUUUAAUUAUUCAGUUUCAAACCAUAACAAAAUAUUUUUGAACAUUGAAAGGAAUUUUGUUUAUUCUUUAAAUACUUUGUUAUAUAAGAGGACCACCAUGAAUAUUCCCCCAAUUCAACAACCUGGAACAAUUGGGGUGGGACAGAUGACACAACCUGUAAAUCCUCAACUUCCUCAAAAUCCACAACAGACACAACAACCACAAGUUCAGCAGCAACAACAGCAACAACAACAACAACAACAAACACAAGAAAAGCUUGACAAUAUUUCUAAAGUUAAAUCAUUAAUUGGACCAUUAAGAGAGUCAUUGGCAAUAGCUCUUAAAACAGCAGCACAUACAUUACAUCAGAAUAGUUUAGUAGAUGUUGGGUCUCUAAAGGGUAUCGAUCAACCUGAUCAUCGAUUCAAUAAAAAUAUGGAAGAAUUUUAUUCCAUUUGUGAUCAAAUAGAAUUACACUUGAAGACUUCUAUAGAAUGUUUAUCACAAAAUUCUAGCUCUGUGAGGUACUUACCAAUAUCUGUUAUACCAACACGCACUGAUACUGUUGGAACUCAAGAAGGACCUGCUUUAACAUAUCCUCAGUUUUUGAUGACUGUAAGAGCCCAAGUUGCAUAUGCUCGUGAAGUUCAUGAUACUUUAGUUUCUGCAGCACAAUCUAUAGCAUCAGCCAGAUAUUCACCAGAAUUAAAAGUAACAUCUGAAUUAAUGACCCAAUGUAACGUAAACGACAUUUCGAUAAAUCAAGACUUCGUUAAGUACUUCAUACGUUACAAAAAGUUCGCGGGGAGCGCUCGUGCAGUGCGCGUUGUUGUCCCGUGUUCCUCUAGAUGGUUGAUCACGUGGGAAACAUUGCGCCGAGUUUUCGCGAUUCCGUGGCGGAGAAGGGCCGAGGGAAAGGGAAUAAAUGUGUGCGAGUCCGUAAUGGACAACCCUAGCGGCGGAAGAGAUAGUCGGUACGCAAGUCUUGGCUACAGCAUGGGGAUGAUAGGCAGCGACGCUGGCUCGGAAAUGUACGGCCGACCGUCCACCUCCCAACUUACAACUUCUCAAAUAAGCCGCGGUGGCGCCACCAUGAUGGCCGCGGCAGCCGCUGCAGGCGCACCGAACGCCGGCGUGGGAUCUGUACAGAGGGGUAUCAAGAGGACCACUUCGGACGUCUGUUACGAUGACAGUAAUGCACGGCAGGCUCUUUCGCAACAGCAAAGCAUGUCAAUGUCUGCUGACUGUGUCCCUGACAAUCUCGAGGAAUCGUUUACAAGUUUGGGUCAACCGAAAAAGUCACCCCCUUCAAACGGCAAGAAGACCAAAGGACGGGUCAAGAUUAAAAUGGAGUACAUCGAUAAUAAGCUACGAAGGUAUACUACCUUCUCUAAGAGGAAAACCGGAAUCAUGAAGAAGGCGUACGAGCUGUCGACACUGACAGGUACACAGGUGAUGCUGCUGGUAGCCAGCGAGACCGGGCAUGUGUACACGUUCGCGACACGAAAGCUGCAGCCGAUGAUAACGAGCGAGGCCGGGAAGGCGUUGAUCCAGACCUGCCUGAACAGCCCAGACCCGCCCGCCUCCGGUUCCUCCGGCGACCAGAGGAUGUCCGCGACCGGCUUCGAGGAGACCGAACUGACCUACAACAUAGCCGACGACGAGCAGAAAGAAGACGGCACUUCACCUAGGUCGGACGUCUGCGCGAAUGAAAGCGACGGAGACACCAGCGAUGGCGAUUCUCCGGUGACGAAGGAUCUCUCCAAGAAUCACUCGGGUAUAAUGUACCAGAUGCCGCAGACGGUAAUUUACUCGCCGAGUCCGGGGGUUCUACUUGGCAUCGGGCAAAACGGCCAGCCGGUGCAGAUCUCUCAAGAAGGAGGCACGGUAGCCCCGGUUAACACGACGCAGAGUAAUCAGCCGUUCAUCACGAUACCGCUGAACGUCGCUAUGAGCGCCGCCGGAUUGUCGCUUCCGGUCACAUCCAGGAUGAAUCUGUCGCCGUCGCCGCGAUCGCCAACGACCACGACGGCCACGUCCAGCUGCGAGCUGCCAUCGGACCUGAGCAAAGAUCGUGAGUGA